AUGUCUGAAAAGGUAGAUGCCUACCCAGUCAUCCAGGAGGAACGAUCCUCCGGCCAUGAACUUUGCACCAUGGACACCAACAACACCGUCUCGACAGGCUUUGAAGAAACAGAAGACGAGAAUUUCAAAUAUGGCUUUACAAGGAGCGUCGCUUUCGUGGGUCUCGCCCUGGGGUUUUACUCUGACAACAUGGUAGCAUCGUCUAUCUCUUCUGUUCUAACACACAUCAAUGCCGAACUCGGACCAUCUACAGCUUAUGCCUGGACCAUCACCGCAAUCUACACGGUAGUCUCGAUUACCGCUCCCUUCGUUGGACGUCUUGGCGAUAUCUUUGGAAGGCGAAGCAUUCUCAUCCUCGGCAACGUGCUAGGUGUCCUAGGCUGCAUUGUCUCUGCCACUGCGAAGUCGAUCAGCACCCUCAUAGUCGGAGCUGUCAUCCUUGGACUUGCUUCUUCCAUGGAUCUGCUUGGAUGGGCUGCCGUGGGUGAGACCGUGCCCAAAAAGUACCGUCCUGUGGCAGUCGGCAUGUACGAAGUUUCCAUCACCCCAUCUGCAAUCUUUGGUACACUCAUAGGGCUUACACUGCAAGAUCAUACUGCAUUGGGAUGGCGCAACAUCUACUGGAUAUGCCUUGGUCUCCAUGGCCUGGCGAUUCCCCUCCUAGCUUUCUUCUAUCACCCGGUCAAUCAAUACAUUGCGGAAACCGGCAAGUCCAAACGGGAUCAGAUGAAAAGCCUCGAUUACAUUGGUACUGCACUGUUCGCCAUCGGCCUAUGCCUCUUCUUGAUCGGCUUGUCAUUUGGCGGCACAAAAUAUCCAUGGUAUUCGGCAGGAACCAUUGGGCCUCUUAUUAUUGGCAUCGUAUUUCUCGUCUUUACUGGUCUGUACGAAAAAUAUACACACAGUCCAUACAACAUCUUCCCACACUCGGUGAUGAAGAACUACCGUGGGUUCAGUAUCGUUACUGGAGUCGGAUUCCUCCUCGGUAUGCUAUACUACUCGACUUUGAUCUUGUGGCCAAUUCAGAUUGCGACUUUUUACUCCAGAAAUUCAAUCACCAUUGGCGUCUACGGCAUGUCUUGGGGCUGGGGCAGCAUUAUAGGUGCCAUGGUCAUGGGAUUUAUCAUAGAAAGGGUCAACCAAGCCAGGUUCCUCUUGACCGCUGUCGUUCUUCUGAUGACAGUUUGCAUUGGCACUCAAGCUAUUGUCGGCAUUCACACCAACGUGGCCUCUUGCAUACUUGUGGCUCUCACCGGUAUGAUGCUCGCCUGCGCCGUCGUGACUACGAACUCGAUCAUCCAACUCUCCGUACCUCACCAGUAUAUUGGUGUAGCCAUGGGAAUCGUAACGACAUCUCGCUAUGUUGGCGGCUCCGUCGGCUCAACCAUCUACCAGGUGAUCCUCAGCAACCAGCUCUCAGCCAAUCUGGGAAAGAACGUGGCCACGGCUCUAGCAAAGGCUGGAGUUCCAUUCGCCGACAUUCCAGCAAUAGCUGGAGCCAUUGCUCUUGGAGAGACAAACAGUCCCGCAUUAGCUGGUGCAAGCCCUGCAGCCCUCGGUGCUGGAGUUCUCGCGCUCAAAUUGACGUACGUCCAUGCCUUCAAGAUUAUCUAUCUCACGUCGAUCGCAUUUGGGGUUCUCGGAAUCACCUGUGCUGCGUUCUCGAGGAACAUUGGUGAGUUUCUGACCAACAAGCUUGACGUUAAAACGGACACAUCAAUUCAUCUUGGACUUCAUGAGGUCCACCUGGGUGGGCACGUUCUCAAUCAGGAUGGUGAGGAGAUCACUCGAACAUCGAGGGUCACCAAGUGA